GCUCGUAUGAAAUAUGGCCGGGUAGACAUUUCCUGUUUACGUACUGCAUUGUUGUCACUUUUCGCUGAUUGAAACAUUUACAAGGGUUAAAUUACGUUAAAAUGUAAUUAAUUGUAAUUUCUUGCGGAGUGUAUAGCGAGUGCUUAAUUGUGUGUAACGGAAAAAAGGGUAUUAUGGAGAGCGCCGAAUCGAAUCAGGAACUGCUGGAAAACGUUACCAUUUCUGAUGUUGGUGGCUCUCAGUUCAUGAUACAAAGGAUGACUGUCGAUAACACUCAGCUUUUGAACGCUGAGUUGCUAUCGCAUCAUGGCGGUUUGGUCGUCGAUUUGGGAGCCGGCGACUUUAUACCGGUCAACUACUCCUCCGAAGAUUUACUGAACCAGGACCUAACAGAGGAGGAUCGGAAUUUGGCAGCCGCUUUGGUCGCCGUUCAGCUGAGCCAGCAACAAAAGCAGCAGCAGUUACAGCAGGACUCUUCGAGUGCAUUACCCACCAUUGUCGCCAACUCUACUUUAGGGGUGCCAAAAAUCGAGCUCAGCGACCAACAAAUUAUAUUGACCAAUAAAUCCGGCAACACACUUAACGGUCGGUACUUACAAAUCGUAGGGGAGGACGGUGUUUAUGAAACUUACGAUCAGGAAAUUAAGUCUGAAGGCGAAAACGAAUCUCCAGUUGUUGUCAAGGAUUCCGACGGUGAAAAUCGAUCGGAUACCCGCUCGUCGAGAAAGAGUCUGCCCCACAAAAAGCGUAUUUCGCGCAAAUUGAAACGAAACCCGGUCGCUUUACGUAAAUAUCACAAAUGUAGUCUGUGCGAGCAGACGUUCUCGAGUGAAGAUUUUGCGGAGCAUCAGACCGAGUGUCAUACGACAAUUACGCCCGUUAACCCGACGCUUUUCAGUUGCCAACUCUGUCAGUCGAACUUUCAGGAUCAAUUGGGUUUCUUUGAGCAUUUGAAGAGUCACUACGAGCCCUCCGUGCAAGUGGAACCGGCCGUACUGGCAUCAGAAGAAGAACCUACUAAAGAAGAAAUUAAAAUAGACAUCAACACCCCCAAAGAAUCGUUAUUGUCAUCGCUAUUAAAUUUGCAAUGUACAGAGUGCAAUAAAACAUUUAAGCGGCAGAAAGUCUACGAAGCACACGUUCGUGAUGUGCACAGUAAACAAGAGCUGGCCGAAUUCAGUGAGCCGGAAGAUCUUAUGGCCGGCAUCGACGUGGUGGUCGGAGCAAACGAGCACAGCUCUGACGAGGACUCCAAGAGCUGGUCCAAGUAUCGUGACGAAGAGUUGCACGCGACCGAAGAAGAUUUGCGCGAGUUGGAAGCACAAGAUCACGUAUGCCAUAUAUGCCAAGAACCGUUUCCGAUGCGUGCCAUACUCCUACAACACUUGACUACUUGCCGUUUGAUUCACGAGCAAACUGAAAAUAGUAUUCAAAGCGUUCCGAAGAAGAAGACGAAAAAGAAGCCGGGCGAGCUCAGCUGCACGGAUUGCGACCGGGUGUUCGCGCAUCGCAAUUCGCUCAUUUAUCACCUGAGGAGUCACACCGGCGAACGGCCGCACCAAUGCGAGCAUUGCGGAAAGAGCUUUUUCGCGGCUAGCGCUCUCAAGGUUCACAUGCGACUGCAUUCUGGUGACAAACCGUACAAGUGCGAGCAUUGCGGACGAAACUUUCGUCAGUGGGGCGACCUAAAAUAUCACACGAUCUCGCUGCACUCCGACCAGAAACAGUACCAAUGCGAGUACUGCGGCAAGGACUUCGCCCGAAAAUACUCCCUCAUCGUCCACCGUAGAAUACACACGGGCGAGAGGAACUACAAAUGCGAGUUCUGCGGUAAAAGCUUCCGGGCGUCCUCCUACUUGCAAAAUCACAGACGGAUACACACAGGCGAGAAACCCCAUCCGUGCGAGGUGUGCGGGAAGCCGUUUCGUGUAAGAUCCGAUAUGAAACGACACAUGAAGACGCACGGCAGGAGAAGGUUGGUGCGGUCGACGCCCAUGUCUCCGGAGCUGGUUGUGACGAAGAUUGAAAAAUCAGAGGAUAGUAUUAUGAUCGAUUCGGACGAUACUAGUCAACUGCAAACUCAGGAGAGCGAAAACGCGGUCGAAGCUCUGCAGUUUGAGCAAACUCAAUUAGAAGCCGUGCGCGAGGGAAACACACUGUACACUAAUGGUCAUCAAUUAUUUGUUCUAUACACUGGGGACGCGCAACCACAUUUAAUUGAAGAUUCCUCCACAUGGUCUCAAACUAGUUAAUAAAUUAAAA